UAACAACUCAAGCAGCCUCUUCUGCUCACCGAAGUCUGCGAAAACACAUCUCCACAAACAUGGAUGGCCCCAACAAUUUGACUUCCAUUAUGAACAAGACCUGUGAUCCAGUUGUCCCAUCAGUUAACCCUUUCUUUAUGCUGGUCUACAGUCUAGUGUUUGUGGUGGGUUUACUCCUUAAUGGUUUCAUCAUGAAGUUUUACUGUUGUCGAGUUCGGCAGCAGGCAUCAAGCAGCUUGAUGGUGUACAUGAGGAACCUGACAGCUGCUGACUUCCUGCUCUGCCUCUCUCUGCCACUCCGCAUCGCCCACUAUGCUAGCAGCUCUCUCAUCAUUCAGCAGCUCUACUGCACAGUUGGAGCUUAUGCCCUGUUCCUCAACAUGUAUGCCAGCAUCCUAUUCAUGGGGUACAUUGCUGCCAACAGGUAUCUGAAGAUUGUCCAUCCUUCAAAAACUCACAUUCUACAGAGAGUACGAACUGCCCACAUCAUCUCUGUGGUCACUUGGGUUUGUCUCAUUAUUCCAGCAGUCACCAGCAACAGCCUGUUUUUCAUCACCCAGAAACACCUGAACGUCACCCCGAGACGCUGUCGUCCCCUGUUUAGUUCAUUGGUCAGGCUGAUCCAAAAAAUCGUCCAUAUCUUCUCUGUUAUCAUCUUCCUCUCAGUCUUCAUAUCCCUGGUCUUCUUCUAUAACGGCAUCUCCCGCAGGGUGUUGCAGGCACAGCAGACACAGCUGGCCUCCUCUGGCUCUGAGAAGCUGGUGAAGUCUCGCAGGAACAUGUUGGUGCUGGUCAGCAUCUUCUGUGUUUGUUUUGUCCCCUAUCACCUGUUUCGACUCCCCUAUAUUUUUCUGUCGGGAAACUGCUCUGCUGUUAAGGUGUUGUACUACCUGAAGGAAGCGGCCACCAUUGUGUCAGUUUUCAACGUCUGCCUGGACCCUGUUGUUUACUUUUUCCUCUGUAAGACUUUUCAGGCCCAGGUGAAUCGGAGUAUGGCCUCCAUAAGAGUCAACGUUCAAUAAGCAAAUGAGGAGAGUGUGACGUAGGCCAGUCCACUGGCUGUCACAAGAGUGACAGCAUAAAGAAGGAGCUGGGAAUU